UUAAAGUGGUGAACUGUGCUCGACUCGUCGAUAAUUACGUCAUUACGUAAAUACUUUGGUGACGUGGCUUGGGCACUGGGAACAGAAGCUAGCUAGUGGGUAACAAGCCGACGACAAGGUGAGAUCGAAGAUAAUCCACAGGAGUUAUGGAAAUUGUGGAGGGCAAGUGACCGUAAGGUGUCCCAUUUUUCAGGUAUGAAAAGCGCAGAAAAAUGGCCAACAGAAGUCAGCACUAUGGGUUCCAGUCGGCCACCAUGGUGCAGUCUGCCAACGGAGGACAUGCAUACCUAUUUGGAAACAAUGGUUCAGAGAAUGACCUGUCAGAAGAGGAUGGAGAGAGUUUUGAGCUACGUCCACGUGGAAGAGAGAGGCUACGGAAGAGCACCUCCAGAGAGAGACUGGAUGAUAUUAUCUACCUUACUAGGGAUAUCCAGGAGGGGGACACCCUAAACGGCAUUGCUCUGCAGUACCAUUGCUCAGUGGCUGACAUUAAACGUGCCAACAACCUCUUGACGGAGCAGGACUUCUAUGCUCUCCGCUCGGUGAAGAUUCCUGUGAGGCGCUUCAGUGUCCUCACAGAGACUCACAACACGGGUCCUCUCAAAUCAGCCUCUCCCCCGGCAGUGCGUGGGCCCCACGCCGCAUCUGUCGCCUCGCUCCCUUCAGAGUCCUCCACAGACUCCUCAUCUUCUACCGACAGUGUAGAAGGAUUUCUGCUGGAGAAGGACAAGGACAUAGAGCAGCUGGUGAAGUCCACCGGACCCUCCCGGAGCAGCCUCAACGAGGUUGUGUCCUCCUUAACGCUGCAGCAGCCGCUGCUGGGAGAGGAGUAUAAACCCCCACAGAGGAAGGACCCGUAUUAUGGCGCAGACUGGGGCAUGAGAUGGUGGACUGCUGUGGCCAUCAUGCUGGUGGUUGGCAUCGUCACACCCGUCUUCUAUCUGCUCUAUUAUGAGGUUCUUGUGAAGUCCGACGUCAGCCAUCACGGCGUCCCCACGCAAGCCAAUGGCAACUUUAAUCAAGGACAGCUCAACGGUAAAAGUGGAGACCUUCCUGUUGUAGACAGUAAACAUUUAGAGAAUUUUCCAGCACGUGUGGCCAACAGAGAUCCAGAGAAACCUGAUUUGGACAAUGCAGUGGACAGCGACAAUAAAGGAUUUAAGGAAACAUAGCAGAACAGUAUUUCCCAUCCAAAUGGUUUAAUUCUGAGACUAAAUAAACUCUUUUUCCUAUUUUCAAGUAGUCUUAACUUUAUACAGCAGUGCAAUAUGUUUUCUUUUGGGGAUCGUAGGAGCAGUUCUUUAAAAACAAAAAUGAUUGGAAGGAAAUAUCAGCACAUUGCUUUUUUUUUUUUGAUGUAGUAAAUGUGGCCAUUUCAGAAUUCCUGACCUUACCAGUCAUAUUUUGAGUCAAAUAUUUGCAUCUAAAUGAAGGUGCAUCAGCAAAUAUUUUACAAGGAGUGAGAUCCCAUCAGCCUCACACAGCACUUCCCACAGUGAGACACUGAGCGAAGUUUGAAAAAGAACCAUUAGUCCAGUGUCAAAGCACUUUUUACACGUUUAGUUGAAGUGCGUCUUCUGCGCUAGAAACCUCUUAUUUUUAAUCCUACAAGCAUAUUUCUACCACUGUCAGUUAUUUAUUUAAAGACAAAACAGUGUUUAUUUACACGCAGUAUUGAAUAAAUAUUUGGUCUCAUUAUUCAGUUAAGUGAUCUGGAGUAGGUCCUUCCUCCCGAUACACUUGUCAGAGCAUGUUGGCGAUAUGAGAGAUGCACAACCUUCCCAAACGGGCCGACGCUGUAAUUAUGUGAACCACGAGACGUUUUUCUGUAGCCCUUUUAAUUUUGACAGCAUUGACUUGAUAUUUUAUGACAAAAUAUCAUGUUUACAGUGUGUGCCUUUCUAUCUGUGGAAAUGUGCCUCGGGCAGAUAAAUAAAUAAAGCUAUUUUCAAUACAUUUCCUCAUACAUUCAGUACAUAUUUAGGCAUUACUUAUUUACAAUAUUCUUUCAAGGAAACAAAAUACUUUUUUCAAGCUCACAUGUUUAGCUUCUUUUUAAAGCCUCUGCUCUGACUGUAGUAUUCAAUAAGCUGUAGUUCCACAACGGCCAUUGCGUUCUUAGUAAUUC